AUGGAACACGAACAAGAGGUCAUCGACCUCUUCUGCGGAUGGCCGAACCCCUCCCUGUUGCCGACAAGCGCGCUGUCAGAAGCGUUCAACACGGUGAUGGCCGACUCCUCCAUCCGCACUCCGGCCCUGAUGUACGGCCCAGAUGAGGGGUACGGCCCAGUGCGAGAACACAUCGCCCAAUGGCUGACUUCAUAUUACAAGCCGAAAGACCCGAUUCCCUCCAGUCGCAUCUGCAUCACCGGCGGUGCGAGCCAGAACCUAGCAUGCAUUCUGCAGGUCUUCUCGGAUCCCAUCUACACGCGGAAUGUGUGGAUGGUAGCGCCGACGUACCACCUCGCAUGUCGGAUCUUCGAUGACGCGGGGUUUGCGGGUCGAUUGAGGGCCGUACCUCAGGACAAGACGGGACUUGACUUGGACUACCUGAGACGAGAGCUGGUUGCGGCGGAGGAGCGUGUCGGCGCUGGAAUUCAACCACUCAAGCCCGACCGGCCGUGGGGGAGGCUCUACAAACAUGUUCUAUAUGCGACUCCUACCUUCUCCAACCCGUCCACCUUGACCAUGUCGCUGGCCGACCGCGAGCACUUGGUCCGACUAGCCCGAGAAUUCGAUAUCUUGAUAAUCACGGAUGACGUCUACGAUUUCUUACAAUGGCCUUCUGAUCUUAAGACGCCAUUGGAUCCGGUUGCGGAGGCACUCCUUCCACGACUAGUAGACGUUGACCGCUACCUGGACGGCGGUCCAAGCAACGAGUGUGGCAACGUCGUGAGCAAUGGAAGUUUUAGCAAACUAAUCGGCCCCGGCAUUCGGACCGGAUGGGCAGAGGGCACGGAUGAUUUUGCCUACGGCCUCUCACAAACAGGCUGCCAACGCUCUGGAGGCUCCCCAUCCCAGUUCUCAUCCGCCAUGGUCGAUCAGCUGUUUCCUCAAGGUAUCCUUCAAACUCAUAUUGACCAGGUAUUGCGCCCGGCAUACGCUUCGCGAUACCACCGUAUGAUGUCUGCUAUCAACGAGCAUCUUCUUCCUCUUGGUGCAACUCUGCCCUUCAGCGGACCUUCGGUUGUGGGGGGGUAUUUCAUCUGGGUCGCAUUGCCGGGGUCCUUGCGCGCGAAUGACCUCGCCCCGGUCGCACUGCAGGAGCACCGCGUGAAGAUUGCUGCAGGAGAACUUUUCCAAGUCCAGCGCGACCUUGGGGUCACCAAGAACGAGUUUGGGUCGUAUGUGCGUCUGUGCUUUGCAUGGGAACAGGAGGAGAAUCUGGCAGAAGGAGUCCGUCGCCUAGGAUAUGCAAUUCGGCAGAUGACCGUAAAGUCAGAAAGUGGUCCGCGAUCACCGAUAACACUGACCCACGGAUUGAGAGAGCUCGAACCACGGGCGACUGUUGAAUAA